AUGGAGUGGUGGGCUCUCGCUCUCGUGGUGGCCGUUGUGGUGGUCGUCCUUAUGGUGGCGCUGCACUACGCGACCGCACCCGCACGCUACGCUCCGGCUGGCAAGCACGUCCUCAUCACUGGCGGCAGCAGCGGCAUCGGCAAGGCCACCGCCAUUCGCCUGGCCCGCCUCGGCGCCAACAUCACCAUCCUCGCCCGCACCCGUUCAACGCUGGAGGCGGCGGCAGAGGAGAUCAGGGCCGAGCGCCAGGACGCGCAGAAGCAGUUCGUGGAGGUCCUCUCCGUCGACGUCGCCGACGACGCCCAAGUUCAGCGCGAGAUCGCCCGCCACAUCGAACAGUUCGGUCCGGUGGACGUGCUGAUCACGAGCGCGGGAGCGACGCGGCCCACCCACUUCGACGAGAUUGACGUGGCCACCUUCCGCCAGCUCAUGGACAUCAACUACCUCGGCACCGUCUCCUGCGUCAAGGCCGUCCUGCCUCAUAUGAAGGAGAGGAGGGCCGGCAGGAUCAUCUUCAUCAGUUCGAUGGCGGGGCUGUCGGCGACCUUUGGCUACGCGGCCUACGCGCCCACCAAGUGGGCGCUCAAGGGACUCGCCCAGUCGCUCUCGCAGGAGCUCCUCCCCUACAACAUCUGGCUGUCGCUCUGUUAUCCGCCGGACACGGACACGCCGAUGUUGCGCGAGGAGAACACGUACAAGCCGCCCAUCGCCAAGGUCAUCUCCGAGAGCGGCGGUGUGGUGCCGCCGGACGACGUGGCCAAGGGCAUCGUCGCGGGCCUCAUCAACUACCGAUUCGAGAUGUUCGCCAACUUUGACGGCGAGGCGCUCGGUCUGGUGUCGAGUGGCUUCAACCCGCCGGACACGCUGUUCCGUCUGCUGCUGGAGAUGGUCUCGAUGCCGAUCAUGCGGGCCGUGGCCGUGGGCUACCACCUCAACUGGAACCGCCUCAUCCGCAACCACUUCAACGCCGAGCACGCCCCCAACAAAGACAAACGUGCAUAG